UUCGCCCGUUUCGCCGCUAAAUGGACGCCAAUUUUUUAGUCCAUAAACUGCACUAUUUGUAAAAGUUUGCUACUGCGCAUGGGGUCAAAGUUCAAAAUUGACCGUUAAUUUCCAGAAGUGUAUUUCAGCCCAGAGUGAAAUUUUUUCACCCCUUAAACCUGGAUGCUCGCCUUCGGCUCGCUCGUUCAAACAUUUAUUGUCGUUUUAAAUGACUGUUUGAUAUCGAUAAUUCAUUAAUCAUAAUUUGUAAUUAUGAAAAGCUCAAUCGUAAACAAGCAAGACAUUACAGUCGGUCAUUGUUAUCUAUAAACUGCACAGAAAAUAAUAACGAGCAAAACACUGUUACGGAAGAACGUUGUCACUAUAUUAGGAAGUCUGGCAGGAGGCCAACGAGAUGAAUUGCAAAUUAAGGGAAAUAAUCCUAUCAAUACGAUUCGCGUGGAAGGAUAAAGUUAUUACAAUCUAUCCAACAUUCUUUAAUUUGCAUAAAGGUAUUGCGUUCGUGUUUGUUACGGUUACAGCUAAUUUCAUGGUUUUUGAAUCGAGACACGUUCUAUUAGUAACGAUGCUUUUACCACCCACGUAGUGCCUUUCAGGAUCAAAGCAGAAUGAUGCCACAUACCACGGAGCUUUAUUAUGUAAACUACGUUGUUACUUCACGUACAUGUUUUUUCAUGGAAAGUCGGAAAUAUUUUCAGGUCUCUAAAAAUUCUCAGGAAGAGUAAAAAUGGAAGAGGUGAUAUUACCAAGGAGAAGGAAUUCAUUUUUCGAGACGGAUCCAGUAGGAGGGGCGGCAUCCGCAUACCUCUCUAACGAGUCGGCUUAUGAGCAUGAUCUCCUGCCAAGGGAACGCUGAUUUUCAGAACUUGGCACCGUCGCAUAAUUGCUUUUGCACGCUUGAAAAGCCGUUGUCACUGCCUACCGAGCAUUGACAAGAUGAACAUCACCCACGAUGACGAGGACCACGAUGAUGAUAACGACUAUGACGCAUUACCACACAAAGUAUUUUUAACGAGACAAAUUUGUUGGUCUCUUAGAAAUCAAAAUCGAUCGAAUGAAAAUAGGACGAGUACAAAUGUCCCUUGUAUUCUUGUGUCAUUCGAAAUGAAGAUGUCCGUAUAUCAACCUGCCACGGUUAAUUAAUCACCUCACAUUAUUUAUAGUGCUGCUUGUAUGAAGGAUGUGGUAGAAAGAGUAUUUGUUUAUUGGUUAAUAAACUUUUCAAGUAAACUUUUGAUAAUGGAACUGUCAUCAAGGUUAUGAAUUCAAAAAAAUAAUUAGAAGGAAAAAUAGAAGAUUAAAAGCAAGAAUAUGCGUUCCAUUCGCGUUUGGCAAAUCGCACGCUUCAUUGAUGAAUCGUUCGGAAAGAGUCCGAGGACCCGUUAUAUUUUCACUGGUAUACUAAGCCAGGUUAUGAUUUCAAUCGUUUCCAAAAGGACAUCACCUAUGUGUAUAUAUAAGUAUAUAUAAAUAUAAGUACAUAUAAGUAUGCGUUGCUGAUGGUAUAUGAAUUUACAUAGCGCAAUAAACUUUAUUCAAAUUACGGCGACAAUACAAAUCCAAUAAGAGAAAUAAAAACGAAGGGACAAAAGUGCAGCCAGCAAAGACGAUCAAUGCAGUCUAGCGUGAUUUAACAUCGGCCUUCUAUUUCGCGGAAGACCUACUUAUAACAUAUUUCAUUUUUCGUCGCGUCGCUCUAUUUUUGCGCCCACUGAUUUUCUAGCUGCUUUACCAGACGUGGACGAUGUCUUUAUACCGGGGUGGAAAAGCCUCGGCACUUCAGGUGUCCGUAGUCCGCCGUGCAAGAUAUCCGUCAGCAUGGAGGAAGACGACCAAAAGAUGGCCGUGAUGCGAAAAGCAUUUCAAAUGUUCGACACCACGAAGAGUGGUUUCAUCGACACUCUGAAGAUAUCAACGAUAUUGAACACCAUGGGCCAAUUGUUCGACGACGCAGAUCUAAACGCUUUGAUCGAGGAAAAUGAUCCAGAAGGAACAGGGAAAGUAAACUUCGACGGAUUCUGUAGGAUCGCUGGUCGAUUCUUAGAGGAAGAAGACGCUGAGGCGAUGCAAGAGGAAUUGAAGGAGGCUUUCCGUUUAUAUGAUCGCGAAGGGAACGGAUAUAUCACGACGGCUACCUUGAAGGAGAUUCUUGCGGCUCUCGAUGACAAACUUACUAGUGCUGAUCUCGACGGUAUAAUCGCUGAAAUUGAUACCGAUGGAUCUGGCACGGUCGACUUCGAUGAAUUUAUGGAGAUGAUGACCGGAGAGUGAUCAGCUUACAAUUAAAAUGUUAAUUUAAUUUUUUCGUUAGUGUCUUAAUUGUUUAAUAAAAUGCUCGUUUAAAACCUGUGAACCCGUCCUUAAUCCUAAUUCUAGUGAAAGGUGUAUAGAGACCAUAUUUUAUAAUAAACAUUUGCUCUUUAAAGCAAUUUAUUCAUUAUAA